CCCAUCAAGGCCCAGCCGCGUCCGACCGACGGACCGACCCGACAGCGAGCCCACGCGCGGGCGGGUGUCUGAUGAGAUAGGUUUUGUCGUUCGCUUAUUCCCUCGGUUAAAAAUAAAUCAAAAUGGGGACGACCGUAGUUGAGGCACCCGCCCCAUCCGACGAAAAAAAGAAGCCCUCCAAUUUGCUGCACUCGGCUGGAGUGAAUUUCGAGCGACGCUACCGCAGCAACCAGACGGCCCAAAACUACCACGUCGGACAGUCCGAGGUGGUUUACGAAGACGCAGACGGUCACGAACACAGAAUGGAGAUAGUGAAGGUGUCGGAAAAAGUUGGCAAUUUCCGAAAAUGCGUGCCAAGACUAAGUUUUGUCGUCGCCUGCAUCUUGUGCGGCUUGAACCUGUUCCUACCUGGAGUUGGAACUUUGAUUGCCACUCUCCGAGUGGUUUGCGGUGUUCAGACAAGCAACCCUGACCGCUCGCAAGCAAUUUGCUACGGAUUUUUGGCUGCUGUCCUGCAGAUGCUCCUCACCCCGCUCAUCAUCGGCUGGGUGUGGUCUAUCCUCUAUGGGGUGUACCUGAUUCAGGACGCUGGAGGUCUCCCUCCUGAGCAGCCAGGCGCCCCUUCGCCUUGAAUAUGCCGUCGGCUAUUUUCUCUCUGUCUUGUCACGCCUUUUACAAAAACCAAAGUCUGACCGCUGAUUUUAUUUCACCAUUCUCUCUCACGUGUGAUGUUUAUCGUAUUUUCUCAGACAUAAAAGAAAUAUAAAUCGGAGAUCUUUGAUCAAAAAUAUUGUCGGCCUUGGAAAUUUCUAAAAACAUAUACAUACAAUAAUUUGUCUUUUAAACUUUCAUGUCGUGGACGUUACACUUUUGAUGUAUUUCUUGUACACACUUUUAACAAAAAUCGUGUUCGUUUUUCUUUAUACCUUUUUUACUCAGUCUGUAUGUGCAGUUGCGAUAUAUCAAUAAAUUUACUUCUAUGUACUAAUUUCAUUGUUAUAAUAGAGAUUUCAAACCGCAGAUAAUAAAGCUCUCAGUCAUCCA